AGCGCGAGACCCAGAAGUGAGGCGACGACGACGCUUUUUUUAUGUCCAGUUUGAGCCUCGUUUUAAGUGUGUCAGUAUGAAGCAGUGUGUGACGGCAGAUCAGAUCUCACAAUGGUUCACUCUGGAAGCUCAGUUCACUAAUGUGAGGAUCACUGAGGAGCAGAAAACACACCCAACACACGGAGAGGACGAGGACAAGGGAAUCCCAGAGAAGGAAGGAUCGGAAGGAGGAGACGUGAGGAGCAGGAAGUCCGAGCACCUCGAGGGCACCGGGGUCCUUUGCUGUUCUCUCGCCAGCUAUGAAUAUCCAACGCUCCCCAUCACCAAGAACCGGCAGGAGCUGAUCUCCCUGAUCGAGAGUAACUCCGUGGUGAUAAUCCGGGGGGCAACAGGCAGUGGGAAAACCACCCAGCUUCCACAGUUCAUUCUGGAUUACUACAUGGAGAAGGGUUCCACCUGCAGCCUGGUGGUCACACAGCCACGCAAGAUUGGAGCCAGCAGCAUCGCACGCUGGGUCGCCCAACAGCGCAGGUGUACGCUCGGCAGCCUGGUGGGGUAUCAGGUGGGGUUGGAGAAGAUGGCGACAGAACACACUCGGCUGAUCUACAUGACCACAGGAGUGCUGUUGCAGAAAAUUGUGUCAGCCAAAAGCCUUGUCGAGUUUACACACAUCUUUAUAGAUGAGGUGCAUGAGCGCACAGAGGAGCUGGACUUCCUUCUGCUUGUGGUCAGAAAACUGCUGCACUCCAACUCCCGCUUUGUUAAGGUCAUCCUGAUGUCAGCUACAAUUAACUGCAAAGAGUUUGCCGAAUACUUUGGUGUUCCCUUCAGGAAUCGGAUAAACCCAGCGUACGUGUUUGAGGUGGAAGGAGCACCGUACGUGGUUGAGGAGUUUUACCUGGAUGACCUCAAAACCAUCCUGCCCUUCCGAGUGGACAUACCCGUCCAUGACGAUCCCUACAUUUCAACAGAGAUGUAUAAUGUUGCCGUGGGCCUCAUACAGAUCUUUGAUGAAAUGGAGACUAAAGAACAAAGUCCUGUGGAGCAGGAGGGUUGUACGGCUCUCCCAGAGAGAGGCAGCGUUUUGGUGUUUCUGCCUGGACUCGCCGAGAUCCAGUACAUGCAAGAAGCUCUCGCCAAACUCGUCCGCAAAAGGCUGCAGGUUUACGCUCUGCACUCCACUGUGACUCUGGAGGAACAGAAUGGGGUGUUUUUGGUACCUGCACCUGGGUAUAGGAAGAUAAUCCUGUCCACCAACAUUGCAGAGAGUUCAGUCACAGUGCCUGAUGUCAAAUACGUGAUCGACUUCUGCUUGGUGCGUCACCUGGUGUGUGACAAAGAGACAAACUACCAGUGUCUCUAUCUCAAUUGGGCUUCUAAGACCAACUGUAACCAGCGGCGAGGUCGAGCAGGUCGUGUGUCGAAAGGGUUUUGUUAUCGCUUGGUCACUAGAACUUUUUGGGACAGCCAGAUUCCAGAGUACACCGUUCCUGAGAUGCUGCGUUCUCCGUUAGCCAAUACCCUGUUAAAAGUGAAGUUGUUGAACAUGGGUGAUGCGCGCGCUCUGCUCUCCACCGCACUCACUCCUCCAAACCUGGAUGACAUCGAGAGGACCAUCCUACAGCUGAAAGAGAUGGGUGCGCUCUCGGUGAGAAGCAGUGGUAUGAACAGGUUUGAUGGAGAUUUAACAUUUCUGGGUCGGGUUCUCGCUCACCUUCCUGUGGAUCUGCACUUUGGGAAGCUCAUUGUCUUAGGACACGUCUUUGGUUGCCUGGAAGAAUGUCUCAUCAUAGCCGCUUCUCUCUCUUUGAAGAGUUUUUUUGCGAUGCCGUUCCUGCAGCAGCUACCAGGUUACCGGAGCAAGCUGUCAUUUUCUCAGGGUGUUCCCAGUGAUGCCGUUGCCUUUGUUUAUGCUUUCAAGGCCUGGUACACAUCAAGAGUCAAAGGAGAGUUUAGACGCCAAAAGGAUGAGCUGGAAUGGGGCAAAGAGAACUGCAUUCAGAUCAAACGCAUACGAGAGGUGGCUGAGUUGUUUGAAGAUCUGAAGAAACGAGUGUCACAGUUUAACAUGCACAUCAGUGAAACAUCCUCUCCCUCAGACUACACCAGCAAACAUACGCAGAAAUUCAUACUGCAGGUGGCAAUCGCCGGCGCUUUUUAUCCAAAUUACUUCUACAUGGUCAAUGCGGAUGAGGAGCUGGCGGCUAAGGAACUCUAUGGGAAUGACCCCAGGACCACCGUAGUGGUGCGUAGUCUUCCUCCAUUUGCUUUCCUCUACUAUAAACAACUCCAGUCUCUCUUCAGACAGUGUGGUCAGGUCAAAUCCAUCACUUUUGACUUCUCCAGGGCCUAUGUAGAGUUCUGCCGCUCGUCACUACGAGUUUCUGGCGUUCUCCCAGAAGUCUCUCUGUCUCUCCUCCUCGCUCAACAAAGACCACCUCUUCAUCUCAAUGUUCAUGCUGCUCAAGAGGUGGAGUCUCAUGCAGGGGGUCAGAGCAUCUCACACCUCAAAUACGCACGGGUGAAUGUGGAUAUUCAGAACCAGUCUGUGAACCCUCUCGGAGUUCUGAGCAGCGCUAUCGAUCCAGAAAAACUUCCGUCUAAUCCUGUCUUUGUUGUCAAGAUCACAGAGGUUAUCGAAGUGGGGCAUUUCUGGGGUUUCCAGGCUGACGAGGCGAGUCUGGAGAAACAGCGGAAGCUGACGGCAGCCAUUAAUACGCAGGAGCUACGCCAACUUCCUGGGGCACUUUAUCCAAAUCUUCUGUGUCUUGCCCCUUUUGUUGACACCCACGUUGAACCUGAGAGAUAUUACAGAGCCAAAAUACUGCACAUCAUGGGAAGUAAUGUGGAGGUGUUUUUUGUGGACUUUGGAAACACUUCCAAUGUACCGUGUAACUCUCUGCGGGAACUUCCUGUUGACCUGCAAGCCCUGCCCUUUCAGGCUCUGGAGUUCAGCGUGGCGUGUUUGGCUCCAUCGGCGCAGUCGAUGAUUCGGGGCGAGCAGUGGAGCAGUCAGGCUCGAAACCGCUUCAUCACCCUCGUGCAUGGCUGUACAGUCAUAGUCACACUCUUCUCCAUCCUGCACGGCGUUAUGCGUGUCCAUCUGCACGUCUCCAUGGAAACCGGGGACGUUAGCAUAGCAGACUUGCUCGUGAAAGAAGGGCACGCUCGACUCUCACCCGAGAGCAUCGAAAGCAAGAAUUCUCACGAGAUUCUGAAAGAUGUGUAUCGGGACCUGAAGGCGGGAAAUUUUGCUCCGAGCUCCGUCGGUCCCUCCGUGGCAAAACGCAAAGAGGAAGAGAAGCGGCUCAUUGAACGUCUGCUGCUGACCUUCUCUAAACCCAGCUACAGCGCCCCCAAGUGCAAGGUUCGGGUUCACGGCCCUUCUACUCCUUAUAUGGUCACGUUUCACAGCAUGAGCAGCAAUGCACGCUACAGGUCGGUUGCUAUUGACAGAACCAGCAUUAACUCUGUGUUGGUGAACGAUUAUCCUCAGUACCAUCACGACAGGAUGCUGGUGGCCGGGUCUGUCUCUCUGAGUGCCUCAGGUGUCUCUAUUUUGCUAAAAGAGACUACACUGAUGCCUCACAUCCCUGGCCUUCCUGCCAUUGUCACCAUGCUCUUCACCCCCAUCAUGGAGCUUCGCACUGAUGAGGAGCAGACCUACUUCACUGGAGCUCUGUGUGGUUUAGGCUCCAAGUCCAGCACUCAUGAACCCAUAUUGCCAGAGCAUGACAUUGAGAUGUCCUUUGAUGUGAAGUUUGACGUUGGUGACAUUGCAGAGAUAAAUGCACUGAGGGAGACGAUAAACCAGUUGGUGUGCGAGGGCCCGAGAGGCCUCCUCCAUCUUAACCCAGAGAGGAUCUCCUCACUGCAGGGCGACGCUCGAGAUCAACUUCUCAGGCUGUUCUGUAAAACUCCCCACAGAGAAGACCAGACUCCUGUUUACUAUGACAAACCCAAACACUGGAACCAGGUCGACCCGUCCCAGCAGAUGGAGUUUAUGCAGAAGGAUGAUGGCAGAAUUAAGGGUGUUAUGUUCCAUAUGCAUCCCAUAACACUGCUGAACAUUUAAGUUUGUUAUAAUACUGUUUAAUUUUACUGUAAAAUAACA